AUGAAACUCUUUAAUAAUAGUUACGAACUAGAUUAUCCGUGGAAUCAAGUGACAGCAGCAAAUUGGAACAAGUAUCCAAAUGAAGUUUCCACACACGUAGUUGCUGUCGAUGUUUUGAGAAGAGAAGUUAAGGACAGUGGGAACGUAUUGGUCACUGAAAGACUGAUAACUGUGCAACAAAAUAUCCCUCGGUGGUUAAUCUUUCUAUUGGGGAGUACGCAAAAUGUUAGUUAUGUGAGGGAGGUUUCAACGGUAAAUCUUCAAGAUAAGACAUUGACUUUGAAAUCGUGCAAUUUAAAUUAUGUGAACUUGUUAAAAGUCUUUGAGACGGUCCAGUAUACCCCCCAUCCGAAGGAUCCAUUGGACAGGACUCUUUUUAAACAGGAAGCACAGAUAAGUGCAUGUACCGGUUGUAAUGUAAGCAAAAAGCUAACGAACACAAUGGAAGAUUGGUCAAUCAAAAGAUUUUGUGAUAAUGCAAAGAAAGGCAAAAUCGGGUUCAAUUCUGUUUUAAGACUCUCUAAUGAAGAAACUAGUAAUUAUAAGUAA